CUAGGUCGACGACAAACGAAGUGGAGGAGCGCCCGCGCUCAACAACACAAACUGUUUUCCUUUCUCUUUACCAUACUUCUAAUAUCCUGCGGCCUCUGUUUCUCCAGCUUUCCUUUUAUACCCACAGCUUCACCCAGGCGCACCGAGACUCCUCCUUCAUCCUCCGCAGACAUCGCAAGGCUCAACGCCAAUGCGCUCCUCUUCCGACAGAACCAGAGCACAACCAAGGGAAAUAUCCAUCGUCCUCGUAUCUGGUAGCGACGACGGCCUCUCCAGCUCUUACUCGAGCAGGUGGUCGUCGUUGAACGCCUGAAGAUGGCGACAGAGAGGAACUUCGAGGCUACGGCCGCGAAGCUUGACGACCCAGGCACAGAUCUAAAGGUCAAGGGAAAUAUCGCUGUGGAGGUGCGGGAUACCAUCGACACGAAUUGCCAGGGCGCGCAAUAUGCCUCAUUCUUGCAACACUUUGUGCCAGUGUUCUUGAAGAUCCUGGAUGGCGCUCCUGCGUUCAUCAGCAAUUCGCAAGAACAACGGCUUCGAAAUUGUGUCCUCGAGAUCCUUCACCGGCUACCUAUGACGCCAGUCGAGACAGUUGAACCACAUGCGCAGGCGAUAGUGGACAAGCUUAUGGGCUUGGUGAAGAUCGAAAAUGAAGAUAAUGCGGUCUUGUGCAUCAAGACAAUCAUGGACUUCCAGCGGCAUCAGACCAAAGCGCUGGCGGAUCGGGUGCAGCCUUUUCUAGACUUGAUUCAAGAAAUGUUCGAGACGAUGGAGCAGGUUGUUCAGGAUACCUUCGAUAAUCCAGCACCGGCUGCGGCUCCGGGGGUUCCAUCAACGCCAAACAAUCCCCAGUACUCACAGUCCCCACGACCCGGAUCUCCUGCAACCGCAUUGAACACUGGGCCCGCUGGAGAUAUUGGAUCGGAACAACAGCAAGCGCGAAUGCUUUUAAAGGGCAUGCAAUCUUUCAAAGUGCUCGCCGAGUGCCCCAUUAUUGUGGUCUCACUCUUCCAGGCCUACAGGACUUGCGUGCACAGGAACGUCAAACAGUUUGUGCCUCUAAUCAAGAAUGUCCUCAUGCUCCAGGCCAAACCGCAAGAGAAGGCGCAUGCAGAGGCUAAGGCCGCAGGCAGGGUUUUUACAGGCGUGAGCAAAGAAAUCCGCAAUCGUGCUGCAUUUGGAGACUUCAUUACAGCACAAGUCAAGACGAUGAGCUUCUUGGCCUACCUGCUCCGGGUGUACUCGCAGCAGUUGACCGAUUUCGUUCCCACACUGCCAGAUAUCGUAGUGCGGUUGCUGAAAGACUGCCCCAGGGAAAAGUCUGGAUCCCGGAAAGAACUCCUUGUCGCAAUCCGGCACAUCAUCAACUUCAACUUCCGCAAGGUCUUUUUGAAGAAGAUUGAUGAGCUCCUCGACGAAAGAACUCUUAUUGGUGAUGGCUUGACGGUGUACGAAACUAUGAGACCCCUGGCCUACAGCAUGCUGGCUGAUCUCAUACACCAUCUUCGGGAUUCAUUGUCACGGGAACAAAUACGUCGAACGGUGGAGGUAUACACCAAAAACCUACAUGACACAUUCCCGGGGACGAGUUUCCAGACGAUGAGCGCAAAAUUACUCCUUAACAUGGCGGAAUGCAUUGCGAAGCUCGAGCCUAAGGAGGAUGCACGCUACUUCUUGGUCAUGAUUCUGAAUGCAAUAGGGGAUAAAUUUGCCGCCAUGAACCGCCAGUACACGAACGCUGUAAAGCUGUCUGCGCAGUAUUCCCAGCCAUCCAUUGAUGCCGUGCCGGAGAACCACAUGGCUGAAAAGUACCAUCCACCAGACUGGGACGACAUCGACAUUUUCAAUGCUACACCCAUCAAAACGUCGAACCCGCGAGAUCGGAGCUCAGAUCCCAUUGCUGACAAUAAGUUCCUAUUCAAGAACCUGCUUCAUGGACUGAAAAACCUGUUCUACCAGCUCAGAGCAUGCAAUCCAACCCGCAUUAAGGAAGAAAUUGACGCUAACAACGCGCCGGCGAACUGGCACGAGGUCUCCUUCGGCUAUAAUGCGGAAGAGGUGGAAGUUCUCAUCAAGCUCUUCCGAGAGGGAGCACAGGUCUUCCGCUACUAUGGCACCGACAAGCCCAACCCGGACCAAAAGCUCUCUACCAAUGAUCUUCUCGCAAACCAGCAUAUGAUGUCUAGUGGUAAGGAGGAAAAGGAGUUGCUCGAAACUUUUGCAACCGUGUUUCAUCACAUCGACCCCGCCACUUUUCACGAGGUGUUCCAAUCGGAGAUUCCACAUCUAUAUGACAUGAUGUUCGAGCAUUCUGCACUCCUGCACAUCCCGCAAUUCCUCCUCGCUAGCGAAGCUACCUCGCCAAGUUUCGCUGGCAUGCUCCUGCAGUUCCUUAUGGACAGGAUAGAGGAUGUCGGAAUCGCAGAUACUAAUAAGUCCUCGAUACUGCUGCGCCUUUUUAAACUGUCAUUCAUGGCCGUAACCCUCUUCUCCGCCCAGAAUGAGCAAGUUCUCCUCCCACACGUCAGUAAAAUCAUCACCAAAUCUAUCCAGUUGUCUACGACCGCAGAGGAGCCCAUGAAUUACUUCCUUCUUCUUAGAUCCUUAUUUAGAAGCAUUGGAGGCGGCAGAUUCGAGCAUUUGUACAAGGAGAUUCUCCCGUUACUUGAGAUGCUCUUGGAAGUCUUGAACAACCUACUCAUAGCCGCCCGGAAGCCAUCAGAGAGAGAUCUCUUCGUUGAACUCUCCCUUACUGUUCCUGCUCGUCUCAGCAAUCUGUUGCCUCAUCUGAGCUACCUCAUGAGACCGCUGGUUGUUGCUCUUCGUGCCGGUUCCGACCUCGUCGGCCAAGGGCUCAGGACGCUAGAACUUUGUGUGGAUAAUCUGACUGCAGACUACCUUGAUCCGAUCAUGGCUCCAGUCAUUGACGACCUUAUGGCAGCCUUGUGGGAACACCUCAAACCCAACCCCUACAGCCAUUUCCACGCGCAUACUACUAUGCGGAUCCUUGGAAAGCUAGGUGGUAGGAAUAGGAAGUUUCUUACCGGCCCACCAGAACUUGACUACAAAGCCUACUCCGACGACGAAUCCAGCAUAGAUAUUCGUCUCAUAGGAUCAACAAAGGACCGAGCAUUCCCAGCUGCCACCGGAAUUGAUGUUGCCAUAGCCAAACUCCAGGAAGUGCCAAAGCUUCCCGCUGCUAAAAAGUCUGACAGUUUUCACAAACAACAAGCAUUCAGGCUUAUCACUGCUCAUAUCAAGCUUCUGAUAGGUUCUGAUAACCUUUCAGACGACUUCGCACAACUCGUACGGUUACAGGCAAACGACCUCUAUUCCGGAAAAUACGAUGCCGGCAGUGAUCUUAUGGACAUAUCAGAGCGCGACAAGUCGAUGGUUAAAAAGUCUGUGGAACACGACACUCUCAAGAAGCUGAUCAAAGCCUGCAUAUUUGCGGUGUCCAUUCCCGAAUUGAAGGUUGACGCGGAAACGCUAGUCGCAAACAUGGCGCGGCAUUUCACCCUUCUUGAAGUCGGACGAGCGCUUGCGCAGUUGAAACACAAGGAGAAACCGUUCGACGUCAAAUCUGGAGAAGGCCCCGUUCAUUUAGACAGCCGGAUCAUCGUGGAAGCCAUUGGCGAUGCACUCUCAUCUGAUCAUCCCGCAGUCCAGGAGGCUGCCCAAGCCGCAGUCAUCGUGAUUCGUGAUGCCGCAAAAGUGAUCUUUGGCUCUCAGGAUAAAUUGGACAGAUUCGCUCUCUUCACACACAUGUCGAGAACAUUCUGUCAUAACUGCCAUGCCGAGGAAUGGUUCAUCAAAGCUGGGGGGACACUGGGUAUAGAGAUUCUAACUAAGAAGCUUGACCUGGGUGACGGAUGGAUGAUGGACCGCCAGCUCGACCUUGUGCGCGCCUUGACGUUCGUCAUGAAGGACAUGCCCGCAGAUCUCACCGCGAAGACGAGGGUUCAGGCAGAGGAACUGCUCGAGGACCUAAUUCGAAGAUGCAAUUCCUCGGUUUCGAAGAAAGACAUGGAGAAUCAUCAGAGCUCCUUAUUCAAGCUUUGCGGCCAGCUGGUUGUUGACUUAUCACACAUGAAUAAGAACGUUCGGCUCGCUACACAAAAGGCAUUCAGCAUUCUGGCCGAGGUGUCAGGUAUGGGAGUCCACGAGCUCAUUAAUCCCGUUAAAGAAAGACUGGUGACUCCAAUAUGGACCAAGCCUCUUCGAGCAUUACCGUUCAGCAUCCAAAUUGCAUACAUCGAUGCCAUUACAUACUGCUUGAAACUGAAACCAGGCGUCCUGGAAUUCAACGAUCAGUUGACGCGAUUAUUGAUGGAAUCACUGGCGCUUGCGGAUGCGGAAGACGAAGGCCUUGCCACUAAGCCCCAGGAGCAACGCAAUGCCGAGCAUAUUGUUAAUCUCCGAGUUGCAUGCAUUCGUCUUCUUUCGAAAGCGCAGGCGUUCCCUGAAGUGUCUCCUUCGCCGCCGAACCAGAGCUUUCUCCGAAUCAUCGCUGUGUUCUUCAAGGCCCUAUACUCCAAAUCUCCGGAGGUCGUCGAAGCAGCGAAUGCGGGUCUGCAAGGUAUCCUCGCAGCAACAAAUAAGUUACCGAAAGACGUUCUCCAGAGCGGCCUCCGACCUAUUCUCGUAAACCUUCAGGAUCCUCGCAAGCUCUCCGUCGAAGGGUUGGAUGGCCUGGCUCGGCUUUUAAAGUUGCUCACCAACUACUUCAAGGUUGAAAUCGGAACUCGGCUGCUCGAUCACUUGAAGACAAUUGCCGACCCCCUCAGCCUGCAGAAAGUAUCCUUUACUUUGGUCGAGCAAAACCCGAAGAUGAAGGUCAUAACCGCAAUUUUCAACGUGUUCCAUCUUUUACCACCUGCUGCGGUUACGUUCCUGAAGCCUCUAGUGUCAAAGGUUAUCGAGCUGGAGACCGCCCUCCGACGCACCCACUAUAGCCCCUUCAGAGAGCCCCUCAUCCGCUAUCUCAAUCACUAUCCGAAGGAAGCUUGGGAGCAUUUUGCUCCAACUGUCAAAGAUCUUGCUCAAGGACGUUUCUUCGCCCAACUUCUAGAGGACUCUGCAAGUGGGGUUCUGCGAGAGACUGUCAUGAACGACGUCCAAGGCUUUCAGGGCUCAUUUGCGAUUGAUGGGUCUGACACGGAGAAAUGCCAGGCUGCGAUUAAUGCCAUCCAUAUCGCCUUCGCUAUGUCCAAACAUCCCGCCACGAGUAAGUUGCUAUGCGCGCAUGAGAGUCUAAGGAAGGCGCUCUUUGAAGCAGCAAAGUUGCUUGAGACCAAGCUCAGGCAGAACUCCAUCGACGAAGAACUUCGCCUGGCAGGCGAGCAGGCGAGCGAACAGAUCAUAGUCGUGUUCACGAAUUACCUCAAGCACGAGCCCAACGACUUGGACUUCUUCUUCGAAGUAAUAGAUGCCGUUACUUCAGAGGAACUCAAAGCUUCGCCCCUUCUCUUCGACUACAUUUAUCGGGAGAUGAUUUCGAGCGAGUCGAUUGACUACUGGAGAUCCUUGGUACUCCGUUGUAUCGAUAUUUACACUGCGCGCAACACCUCCCAGAAAACGAAAACUUUCGCAUUCCGUAACAUAGUGAACCCUAUCUUUGCUAUGGACGUCAUGCGGAAUUGGGAUCGCUUAUUUGGGACCACGAAAGGCACCAAGCUGAUGGAUAAAGCUAUGACAGAAACCAUCCACGUUCGUCUCUGGAAACCACAAUCGUUGAGCGAUACCUCCGAAGAGACUGCGCAGCUAGGCGUUGAUCAUUCUCGAAUGGAGCUUCUGCAGCUUACCACGCUGCUGAUCAAAUACCAUGCACCACUGGUCCAGGAAACGCGCAAAGAUAUCAUAAAAUUUGCGUGGAACUACAUCAAACUCGAAGACAUCAUCAACAAAUAUGCGGCAUAUGUUUUGAUUGCGUUCUUCAUCGUCAUGUACGAGACACCUCCAAAGAUCGCUAACCAAGUCUAUCAAGCACUGCUCAAGGCCCAUCAGAACGAAGGCCGGUCUUUGGUCAUGCAAGCCCUUGAGCUACUUGCGCCAGUACUGAAAAAACGCAUGGGCACAAUGGACCCCAAGAUUCCAAGAUGGGCAGCGAUUCCCAAGAAUAUAUUGGCACAAGAGAGCUCCAACUUGCAGCAGCUAAUGAGUAUCUUCAACUUUUUGGUCCGCCACCCAGACCUGUUCUACGAGGCCCGGGAACCUCUUUCAGCACAAAUCAUCUCCUCAAUUACGAAGAUUGCCCAACCGCCAAAUCCCUCAAAUGAGGCUAAAAAGCUAGCAUUAAACCUGAUUAGUCUCAUCCGAUCUUGGGAGGAAAUGUCCGUCAAGGAGGCCUCUGCUUCUCCUGGGAGAAUGUCACAAUCACCUCAGGCGGCCAAAAGGAGGGUUGAUGGUUCUCUUGUACCCCCAGGAUCCUUGCCCAAAGGCUUCGUCGCGAACCCUGCAAUCAGAAUGCUGCUCAUCAAAUACCUCAUUCAGUUUAUUGCCUAUCUGCCGGAGAGAUAUCCAGUUCCUACUGCGAAACCCAAAGAGACCACAAGCAGUACGAAUCCGUCACCUGCUCAAACAGCUGAGAUCUGCAAGAAGGCGGUUCAGCUUCUGCAUGACUUACUGUCGCCGCGACUUUGGGCAGAUUUAGACCUGGAUCUUAUGCUCACUAAGAAAAUUGAAGAAAUCUUAUGCGCUGAUCUGAAGUCCGACGAAAAACAAGAGGCGUUCAACACAAGGAUGAUCAAUACGCUUCAGAUUCUCAAAGUCAUCGUGAACGUCAAGCCGGAUGAAUGGGUUCUGGAUCGUAUGGCUCAGUUCCAGAAGAUUCUGGAGAAACCGAUUCGUUUCGAAAAUGCUGACGUCCAGAGCUGUCUUCACGCGGCCGAGGAGCACGAAGAUGGAUCACCAACCCUCAAACCACUAUUAGCGCGGGUCCUCGAAGUCAUGCCUGAGCCGGUCACAGACGAAGACGGCACCAGCGAGGAGACGCCGUCCACAGAGUUCGUAACAUUCCUGGGUGCUGUAGCUACGGAGGCACUCUCGAAUGGGUCCUAUAUAUCUGCUGUCAACAUUCUAUGGACGCUCUGCCAGAAACGACCCGACGAGAUCGAUCAACAUAUCCCUCAAAUCAUGAAAGCCUUCCAGAGCAAAAUGGCCAAAGAUCAUCUCGCAGUCCACAGCAGCCUUCCUGGACAAAUCAGUGUGCGAGCUGAUGGCGUCAAAGAGAUUCUGCGACCCGAUGGCACCAAGGAACCUAUUGACAUGCAGGAGGUAGAGAUCCAAACAGGUCUGAUUCUGAAAGUGAUCGAUAUCCUAGCAGCACGAAUGAAUGAACUUGGAGAUAACAGACGUCCGUACCUUAGCGUCUUAGCCUCCUUAGUCGAACGGUCUCUCAACAACGCUGUUUGCAUGAAGGUUCUUGAUCUUGUAGAGAACUGGGUAUUCUACUCAACAGAGCCAGUACCCACUCUGAAAGAGAAGACGGCUGUGCUCACCAAGAUGCUACUUUUUGAACAUCGAACAGACACCUCUCUUCUAACUAGAUUCCUUGAUCUAGUCAUCAGAAUCUACGAAGAUCCCAAGAUCACUCGAUCAGAGCUGACUGUGCGCAUGGAGCACGCGUUCCUAAUUGGCACACGAGCGCAAGACGUGGAGAUGCGUAAUCGAUUCAUGUACAUCUUCGAUAAGAGCUUGAGCCGAACCGCUAGCAGUCGCUUGAACUACGUCCUGGCAUCGCAGAACUGGGAUACGUUGAACGACAGCUAUUGGCUUAGUCAAGUCAUUCACCUCAUGUUCGGGUCGGUCGAGAUGAAUGGGCCUGCUCAAUUGCAUUCGGAUGACUUCGUGGUAAUGCGAACAUCAACUAUAUUUGGCACAUACGCGAAAGACUCGAGGAUAGCCGAUGUCAUGGUUGACGAUACCCUAGAGACCUUUAUUGCCACACACAGGCGAUUCUGCAGCUCAUUAGGCGAUGUCAAGAUUCGGGACGUUUUCGAGCCGUUGGGCCAUCUUCAGCAUACCGACAGCAACCUUGCACACGACAUCUGGGUUGCGUUCUUUCCUCUUUGUUGGUCCGCUCUCGUCAAGGACGAUCAAAGCGAGCUGGAACGAGGAUUGGUCUCUUUAUUGACGAAGGAUUUCCAUACUCGCCAGAUCGACAGACGGCCAAACUGUGUAGCCAGCAUGCUUGAAGCCAUUGUUCGGACCAAACAACGAAUCAAGUUCCCUCCGCAUAUUAUGAAGUAUCUGGCCAAGACCUACAAUGCCUGGUAUACCACAGCUUGUUAUAUGGAAGAAAGUGCCAUCAAUCCAAUCAUCGACACUCCGGCUAUCAGAGAAAGUAACCUGGACGCUCUUCUUGAAGUGUACGCGAAUUUACAGGAAGACGACCUCUUCUACGGAACAUGGCGCAGACGAUGCCAGUACGUCGAAACUAAUGCUGCCUUGUCAUACGAACAAGCUGGAAUAUGGGACAAAGCUCAGCAAAUGUACGAAGGUGCGCAGAUCAAGGCGCGUACAGGCACUCUUCCCUUUUCCCAAGGCGAAUACAUGCUUUGGGAAGAUCAUUGGGUUGUAUGCGCCCAGAAACUGCAGCAAUGGGAAGUCCUGAGCGAUUUCGCCAAGCAUGAAAACUUCAACGACCUGUACCUUGAGGCGACAUGGAGAAAUUUCGAUGCCUGGAGUAAUACCGAAACACGAGAGCAACUUGACUCGAUUAUCCGAUCCGUCAAUGACGCCCCCACGCCUCGGAGAAUAUUCUUCCAAGCUUUCAUGUCGUUGCUCAAGAUGCAUCUGCAGCAAGAGACUCCUCAGGAAUUCAGUCGGAUUUGCGACGAGGCUAUUCAACUAUCAAUUCGAAAAUGGCACCAACUACCAAAGCGGAUGACGAACGCGCACAUACCAAUCUUGCAAAACUUCCAACAACUCGUCGAGCUUCACGACGCCAGCGUUAUAUGCCAAAGUCUUGUCACCACCACUCAGGCUAACUUGGACGUCAAGUCUCAGGAGCUGAAAUUGCUGCUCAGUACGUGGCGAGAUCGUCUUCCAAACUUUUGGGAUGACAUCAAUGCAUGGCAGGACUUGGUGACUUGGCGACAGCACAUCUUCCAUUUGAUCAACGAGAAGUACCUCCGCCUUCUGCCACAACAGCAAGGCAACGCUAGUGGUAAUUCUUUCGCAUACAGAGGCUAUCACGAGACCGCCUGGAUCAUCAACAGAUUUGCUCACGUUGCUCGUAAGCACAACCUUCCCGAAGAAGCGUUCCUCAAGCUUCGAGAACAAGCCAAGUGCCAUUAUCAGAAUAAAUCCGAGCUUACUAGCGGUCUUGAUGUCAUCAACAAUACUAACCUCAACUAUUUCGGCGCGCAACAAAAGGCUGAGUUUUACACUCUAAAGGGAAUGUUCCUCGCGAAAUUGGACAACAAGAAUGAGGCCAAUGACGCGUUUGGAAGUGCGCUCUACUUUGACAUCAAACUACCCAAAGCUUGGGCUGAAUGGGGCCGCUACAAUGAUAUGCUCUUCAAGGAGGACCCUACUAAUCUGGAGAAAGCUGCGGCUGCUAUCAGCUGCUACCUGGAGGCUGCAAGUCAGUUCAAGAAUGCGAAGUCGAGGAAGCUGCUCGGGCGCAUUUUGUGGCUUCUUAGCUUGGAUAAUGCUGAACACACGCUGGCGAAGUCAUACGAGACGUUCAAGGCGGACACACCGGCUUGGUACUGGAUCACCUACAUACCUCAGCUGCUCGGCAGCCUGUCAAGACCGGAAGCGCCUAUCGCGAGGCAGAUCCUCGGAAAGCUCGCCAAGACGUACCCACAAGCUCUUUAUUGCCACUUGAGAACCGUACGCGAGGAGAUGGUGUCGGUCAAGAAACAAGCAGAGGUCAAGGAAGCCAAAGAGAAGGCGGCUCGAGCCAAGCCAGGUGCAGCUCAAGGCUCACCACAAAUUAAGCAAGGAUCCCCCGACGCCCGCCCAGGCUCGGCUUCUAGCUCGAACAGACCAGGCACUGCGAAUGGAGAUUCCAAGCCCGCCAUUACGAACGGUUCCGCAAACGGAGCGAAUGGAGCCUCAUCCGAAGGAAAUGAACAGUCCACACCCAGUGGCACUCCGGCCGUCCAGGCAGUUGAAAAGAAGAAACCAUGGGACCAUGUGGAUGACAUUUCAGCCGCACUCAAGACAGCAUUCCCUCUUCUAGCCCUCUCUAUGGAAACCAUGCUUGACCAGAUACAGAAGAACUUCAAGUGUCCCCAAGAUGAGGAUGCCUACAGGCUCAUUGUCGCACUUCUUAACGAUGGCCUCUCCUAUGUCGGCCGCCAGCCUGGUUAUUAUGCGCAAGAAGUACGACUACCGCCUUCGACAGAGGCAAACAUCUCGCGCUUCGCAGAAUCAGUACUGCCGUCGCAUAUCCGCAAAGCGUUUGAGACUGACUUUGUCACCAUCAAGCCCACGAUGUAUGAAUACAUACAGAAGCUACGGACUUGGCGCAACCGAUUUGAAGAACGAUUGGACGGGCGGAACCAACGCGCUACUCUUGAGUCCUACACCCACCAGUUAAGCGAGUUCAGUUUCCUGAAGUUCGACGAUGUCGAAGUGCCCGGACAGUAUCUGGAACACCGCGACAAGAAUCAGGACUUUGUACGAAUCGAACGUUUCCUGCCCGAUGUUGACCUGGUCAGAGGUAUUGGGUUCUGCCACCGUCGACUCAAGAUACGAGGCCUGGAUGGAAGCGUGCACCCAUUCGCGAUUCAGUAUCCAGCCGCCAGAAGCUCGAGGAGAGAAGAACGAAUACUGCAGCUGUUCAGAAUCUUCAAUGGCAUACUGUCAAAGAGAAAAGAAAGCCGUCGCCGGAACUUGCAGUUUCAUCUGCCACUCGUUGUACCAAUCACGCCAAGCGUACGCAUGGUCCAAGACGACGAGUCAUAUAUCAACAUGCAAGGCAUAUUUGAGGAUUAUUGCAGAAGGACAGGUGUCAAUAAGGAUGAGCCGGUGCUGUACAGCAUCGAGAAACUCCGCAGUCUAGCACCUAAAAAUAUCGAGCAGGCCAAUGCUAUUCGUCUUGAGACAUUCGCUGCCGUACAAGAGAAGUACGUACCGCCGACAAUCAUUCUCGACUACUUCCGAGCUACAUACCCGUCAUUUGCGGACUUCUGGCUCUUCCGGCGUACUUUCUCGUACCAGCUUGCGGCACUCACAUUCAUAACCUACAUCAUGCACAUGAACACACGCUAUCCACACAAACUGUUCAUCUCACGAGCAACUGGCCGUGUCUGGGGCUCAGAACUUAUCCCCGUCAUGGCUGUAUCCAAGCCUAUUCUCAACAACCCCGAGCCUGUUCCAUUCCGCCUCACGCCAAAUCUUCAAACUCUAAUGGGGCCGCUUGCUACAGAAGGCAUCUUCGCACCCGCAGUCAUGGCCAUCGCACGUUGCCUAAUGGAGCCCGAAGGCGAGAUGGACAUGCUCCUCUCUAUCUUCAUGCGCGAUGAGAUUACUCAUUGGUUCACGACGCAGCACCGUGUGCUUCAAGACGGAAGCAGCCAGCUACGAGAAGCAGUUCAAGGAAACUCGGAUGCCGUGGUGAAGCGCGCAGUUACCUUGGGCAGCUUGCCGACGGUGCAAAACUUGCCAGCCAAUCAAACUAUGGUCGAUUUGGUCAGUGUGGCUGUCAAUCCGGUCAAGCUCUCUCAGACGGAUCCAUUAUGGAUGGCUUACCUGUAGAGCGGGAGUCGAGAAUCCCACCAUGGGGUUUUUUUUCUUUCCUUUUUUUUUCUUUUCUUGUAGAUCUAUCUUAGCGAUGCGGAAAAUGACCCUUAGUACUCGGGCAAGGAGUUUUUGGUCAUCAGGGGCAGUUUGUCCUUGCUUCUUUCGAUGCGUUCACGCGGUGGUGGAUACUGGGUCUGGAGCGGACUUCUAUCGGCAUAUGGCGUUGAGAUAGGUGAUAGUUUAAAGGGGCAGGCCGCCUAAGUCAAGGAGGAAACCUAUUUUCUUCUAAAACAGGGGUUUUCCAUGAGUGUGCUGAUUU